AAUAAAUAAUUCUGAGACACAUGUGGGAUUCAGAUUCUAGAGUUGCCGGUCUGGGGGAAGAUUGUGGAAUGUUCAAUACUCUCUGGUUUAUCCAUACAAGCCUGAUUUAACUCGAGCUAAACAAGCGGCAAGUGAUUUGCUUGGAAUAUAAGAAUUGGUUGGUUGAGAGCAAUAGUAUUAUGCUUACUAAUGUGGAACGUUAGCAUUUUCCUGCAAUUACGUGUAUUUCAAGUGUAUUGUUUCAAGUGAUGAAGAUUGGAAUAUUAAUGAUUUGUUGACAACUGUGAAAAGAGGUUAAUUUUUAGACAGUUGUUGGAGAAUUAUUUCAGCGAAAUCCUGGACAAUGAUGGCAGGGCUUACAGAUUUUGGACCAGAUUCCGGUGGGCGAAUUAAAGGUGUGACAAUAGUUAAACCAGUAGUUUAUGGAAAUAUUGCAAAGUCUUUUGGUAAAAUUCGUGAAGAGGAUGGUCACACUCAUAAAUGGACUGUGUAUGUAAAGCCUUACAGAAAUGAGGAUAUGUCCAUGUAUGUAAAGAAAGUACAUUUCAAACUUCAUGACAGUUAUGCAGAUGCCAACAGAAUGGUGUCAAAACCACCAUAUGAAGUUACUGAAACUGGUUGGGGAGAAUUUGACAUUGUUAUAAAAAUAUUUUUUAAUGAUCCAAAUGAACGACCAGCUGUUACUCUUUAUCAUACACUUAAAUUAUUUCAACCAGGCCCUGAUGCUCUGGUAGCCAAGAAGACUCUAGUUACAGAAUUUUAUGAAGAAAUAGUAUUUCAAGAUCCCACUGCAUUAAUGCAGUAUCAUCUUACAUCUACUAAGCCCUUAACACUGGGACCUUGGGAACAUGAAACUAACUUUGAAGAAAAGAAAGACAAGACUUUGCAAACUAUUUUAACUGCUAAGAACAAGAUACGUCAUGAAAUAAAUGAUUUAAGAGACAAAUUGAAGUUGGCCAAAGAAACAAUGGCAAAAUUCAAGGCAGAAAUAAAUAAAAUACAAGUUGGAAACACCAUGCAACUAGUGUGAAGAUUAAUAUGUGCACUUGAGUGAAGUGUUAAAAUUCUUGAAGAUCUUUCAUCAAUGUGAAGGAAAAACACUAAGAACACAAUCCUCAAUACAUUAGUGACAUUUUGUUUACUUGUAAGACAUGAGAAAAUCUCCCUGGAGAUGAAAGAUUGAACUCAUGAGGUUGUUAUGUACAGAAAAUAUAAUUGACUUUUCUUUUCUUUUUUUUCUCAAGACAAUGAAUGGCUUUAAAGUUUGUUAAAAGCCGUAAGAUUGAAUUGUGUGUUUUAUAUCCUGAAAGUCUGUGAGCCUCAGAAUAUAAGAUUUUGUUUCUUUCAAAUUAUUUUGUCUUUGUUGAAUUUUGUUCCUUAAAGUGUGCUUUUAGUCUUUUCUUCUUUUCAGAAUACCAUGUGUAGAAAAUGUAAUUUUAAACAGAAAUGUUUUCAAAUUUCAAUUUUAUCUCGACUCAAAAAAGAAC